AUGUCAACCUCAAGGCUCCUUGCGCUCCCUGCAGAGCUGCGGAAUCACAUCUACGAGCUCGCGUUGACACCGAGCCUUACACCAUGCGAGCUUUACCACGCCAAGCCACCUUCAUGUGCUCUCCUUCAAACAAGCCGUCAGGUCCACAACGAGGCAAAGGGCAUGUAUGAGGAAGCCUGUCGUAAGUACUGGUCGGGCACCCUCUUCACCGCCACACAGAGGCGAUGGCAAGAAAUUCGUCAACCAAACCCACGCCUCUCUGUCCUGGAUGAUCACCAGGUAUUUGGUCUGAUCCGCCGAGUCGAGGUCACCGCCAAUGACCCGAGCCUGAACACGACAAUGACGUUACACAGACUCGAUGCUGGGGAUGCUUGGAAGAUGGAGGGACAUACAGUGUACAAGGACGGCUCUGACGAUCACCUCUGGACACGCUACUUGGUUGCGGUGCCAUGGGAUGAUAAGUUGAAGGUCUCUAACAGGAUCUCGGCCUACGACACAGAGGCAGAGGCGUUGGUUGAUAGUGCUGGGAUUGUGGAUGGGUCCACGGGACAUGAGAGGGCCAUGGUUCUGAUAAGGUUCAUGGGGGUGAGGUAG